AAGACAUUGUUCAUGAUGUGUUUGAUUUCACUAUUACUUCAUCCAAGCAGGGUUCAGAAUCUUAUGAGAAUCGAUCCGAGAACAUGAGCUCACCACCACAAAAUAAAUCUGAAAAAAAUCAUACGACGGAAAUUUUGCUGACGCCCGUCAGAGAAAAUCAUGUAUCUGGAAAUAAUGAUAAGAAAGAUUCUAUAACUAUACUUUCG